UGUAUGAUUAUUAUUAUAAAUCCUCUCUGACAGCGGCUCGACUCUUGCUCGUGUAAUGGUUAUUUUUUUCAUGGUUUAGCUACAAAAAAUGACGACACAGUGUGUGCAGGUGAAGUUAGAACUUGGACACCGCGCUUCAUUUCGCAAGAAGCCCACUGUUGAAGGUUUUACCCACGAAUGGUGGGUAUUUGUUAGAGGACCAGAAGGAAGUAAUAUACAGCAUUUUGUUGAUAAGGUUGUUUUUCACCUUCACGAUAGUUUUCCGAAACCCAAACGAGUUGUCAAAGAACCACCAUAUCAAGUUGCUGAGUCUGGCUACGCCGGAUUCACGCUGCCGAUUGAAGUGUACUUCAAAAAUAAAGAAGAACCAAAGAAAGUGCGUUUUGAGUAUGAUCUUUUCUUGCAUCUUGAAGGCUGCCCACCUGUCAACCACAUCAGAUGCGAGAAACUAACAUUUAAUAACCCCACUGAAGAUUUCCGUCGUAAAUUGAUCAAAGCAGGAGGGGUUGGAAUAAUUCCUGGUGAAGCUACUCUCUCCACGCCCCCAUCAAUGCCAAACGGAGCUGAUGAGAGCUCCAGUACAAGUAUUAUAUCACACACACCAAAAUACAUGCCUGAGGGAUUCAUCAAAGGCAAGCCCUACCCUGGGUUGCCACCACCAAUGGUUUUACCACCAAAGAAACAAAAGAGUCAUUCCUCAAAGGAGAAAAGUAUGGUGAAAGGCCCAAAAGAGCAGUCAAAAACUGGCAACAAAGAACCUAAAUCUACUGCUGCCAAAGCACCAAUGAAAAGACAACCUUCUCCAUCACCUGAGGAAUCAAGUAAAAAGAAAAGAAAGCGUAGCUCAAGUAAGGAAAGCUCCCACAAGUCAAGCAAAGAGAAGAGUUCAGGAGAUAAAUCCAAAUCUAAAGAGAAGAAAAUUAAAAGUUCAAAACCUAAGACUGAAAGUCAUUCAAGUGAUCUUUUUGCUCCUGAGAUAAAAGUGGAAAGGAAACCUAAACCGCUACCACUACCUCCUAAAAAGGAUUUGCCGCCAUUUGAUGCGGAAGUGAGUACUGAAGAAAAAGACGAUGACAGCAACGAGGCUCACAGUCCCAGUUCAAGUAUUAGUUUCACAUCCUUGCCCGUUGCCGGUGCGGGUGCUUUACGGACUAUGUGGCGUGAACUUGAGGACCAUGAUGAUGAUGAUGACGAGGACGAUGAUCAGGAAAUAGUCACCCCAUUCCAGAAUGAACUUUCACAAAGUUCUGUACACCACAGUGAUAGCGAAAGUAAUGCAAGCCUUUCGCUGUCGACUGGCAUACCUGUUGCACCAACGAACAUUGAAAAACCAAACAGUGAGAAACCAAAACAGAAAUCGCCUUCUCAUAGUUCUUCCUCACAAAAGGAAAAGAAGAAGAGUAGUAAACGUAGCAGUAAGAACGGCGAAAAGAAGAAUAAGCAUUCCGAAAGUCGUAGUAAAUCAUCGAAUACAAGUACGGACUUGUACCUCAAGGAGUUGGUCGAUCUACAUACCAAGUUAAUGGCUUUAAGGGACAGAAACUUUCUACAAAAAGUUGUGAACCUAAUAGAAGAGACGGGUGCAUUUGUUCUCACGCCCACAACUUUCAACUUUGACCUGUGUUCUCUUGAUAAAACAACAGUUAAGAAGUUACAAAGCUGUGUGGAGGAGAUAGCAGUAACAUAG